UGUUCUUCCGCUCAGAGCGACACUGUCAAAGACGAAAAAUCUUGGUCCACUGUUAUUCCCGUCAUAAAUUGUUGGCUAUGGAAUGACAAAGUGAAUGGCGCAAUCAUCUGAAGAAGGCUAUUCACCGACGACGCAACCUUGAACCUACGAAAGUCUCUCCGAAGCAUCACGUGACGACGCGGAGGGAAUCACUUUCUCCGCUGGCUGGCACACUUUCCGGUGGAUGCUUAUUUCAUCUUGGACACCGAAGCAAGGGCUCCAAGAUGAUCCUUCUCACCAUGCUCAUAGCGACAACAGCGCUUGGAAAUCAGCUCCACGAACGAAUGACAGAAGAAGAAAUCCAGCGAGUAUUCCGUGUAGGUUCCAGAGACAUAGUACCUGAUUACGAAACAGUUCAUCUUCAGCACAUGUGGAAGCGGUCGGCGAAAGGCGAACGACGUCUGGGUGUGGACGCUUUCGGCAAACGUUUCCAGCUCCAUUUGAAACAGAACCGAGAUUUUGAGAACGGACUGGCACGCUUGAAGGUGUUCAGCGCUCAGACGACGCCCAAUGGCCUUCACUAUGAACCCAUGCAGGACGAAGGCGAAGAUAUCGGAAAGCCGUAUCACGACCACAGCAAUAUGGCUGCACUUGUGAUACGAGAAGACAAACGAGGAUCACUCCAAGUGGAAGGAACCCUUGGCCACGACCUAGCCAUCACCCCCAUUCCCAAAAAUCUUCGUCAAGAGACUUACUAUGACGCCGACGCCAACGACGACGAGAUGUUCCUCGACGAAGAAUACAAUUCGACACUUUCCCACAUCGUAUACAAACGUCCACAGAGCCUGGCUACUGAGACCACAGAUUACGACGUCCUUGAAAGGAGCGGCAACAAAACACAUCGUAUACACAAGCGUGCAGCACCAGACACCGUUUGGCCUGAAGUGCUUCUCAUAGUAGACUACGACACGUAUCUAUUGCAUGGUCGAAGCCACUCGGACAUCAAGCGCUACUUCGUCAGCUUCUGGAACGGCGUUGACCUGCGAUAUAGACUUUUAUCUGGGCCGCCAAAAGUUAAGAUAAGUUUAGCGGGAAUGAUUGUAGCGAAAGACAGAGACGCUACGCCUUAUCUUGAACGCAAUAGGCUACGGUCUCCGAACGAGGACGCCGUCGAUGUGGCGGGCGCGUUGACGGACAUGGGAAAGUAUUUGUUCAGGGAAGAUAGGUUGCCGACAUACGACCUAGCUGUGGUUAUAACGAAGCUGGACAUGUGUAGAAGACACACAUCGGGCGGACGAUGUAACCGAGGAACGGCAGGGUUUGCAUACGUAGGAGGUGCUUGUGUGGUCAACAAGAGGUUGGAGAAAGUCAACAGUGUAGCCAUCAUUGAGGAUAGCGGCGGCUUUUCUGGAAUUAUCGUGGCUGCACACGAAGUUGGCCAUUUGCUAGGCUGUGUCCAUGACGGCUCUCCACCUCCAAGCUAUUUGGGUGGACCAGGGGCCACCAAUUGUCCCUGGGAAGAUGGUUUCAUCAUGAGUGACUUGAGGCACACCGAGAGAGGUUUUCGGUGGUCCUCCUGCAGCGUUCGGCAAUUCAGGCAUUUCCUAUUGGGCGAAACAGCUACUUGUCUCUACAACUACCCGCAUGAAAACCAGCUAUUAGCCCGUGUGCUACCAGGAACCAUGAUGUCUCUGGAUGAACAGUGCCGACGGGAUCGUGGAACAACCUCAUGCUUCAAAGACUCUCGUGUUUGUGCCCAGUUGUUCUGCUAUGACAGCUCUUCAGGUUACUGCGUCUCCUACCGACCUGCAGCUGAGGGAUCGCCAUGCGGUGAUGGACAGACCUGCAAGAACGGCCGAUGCAUCGCCGAGAUUGAAAACAUCAUCCCAGACUAUACACAUGUGACAGCAUCUUUUGCAACGGAAACCAGGCGUCGUUCAGAUACCGUCAAGGAGGUCACCUUCAGCCCUAUGGCUACAACGUCAAGGCCAUCAAGCAAAGAAUGUACAGACAGCACGGAUCUCAUUGCUGGCCGAAUGUCGUGCUCCGACUUCUUACGACAGUUUGGCAACCGGUACUGCAGUCACGAGUACAUUCAACGUAACUGUUGCUACUCCCAGAGCGUCUACUGUGCUUGAGAAUGGGACACCUCUAGCAAAGCAAAACUGUGAUCCACAGAGUGUGCUGCUUUUUGUUGUUGUUGUUUUUGUUAAAGUUGUUUCAGGAGUGACUAUUUAUUCGAAUGAAGGAAGACCCGAUGUUAGUCAUACAGAGUCUCUGUAGCAUGGACGCACAAAAUGCCGCUUUUAACGAGAAAUUCAUGUACGUAGUAUUUAUAUUUGGCCAGACAAUAAAGUCGGCUUUUCUAGGAUGA